CGUGGAGUUGAUUUUAUCGCCCCCUAUUCUUUAUCUACAUCUAUCGGCAUGUCUCCUCCUCCUUGCGUUGCACUCAUUGGUACCUUUGAUACGAAAUUGGAAGAGUUGCUUUUUUUACGUGAUAGCAUUCAGCGGAAUGAUGCUAGUGUGAUAGUUAUUGAUGUGGGCCGCAACCCCAUCGAACACGGAGCUAUCGAUAUUACCCAACAGCAGCUACUGAACGAUUUUGGCGAUGGGGAAAAGGUCAGCGAUCUGCCACGAGGCGAGGUCAUCAAGGCCAUGGCGGGCUGUGCUACUAAAACCGUCAAGAAGCUUUAUGAGGAAGGAAAAAUACAUGGCUUGAUCAACGCAGGUGGCUCAGGUGGUACAUCACUCGCCGCAGAAGUGAUGAGGAAUGCUCUACCAAUUGGCUUUCCAAAGCUAAUUGUUUCAACCGUAGCGAGCGGUGACACGGGUCCAAUCGUUGGAGAAACGGAUAUCACAAUGAUGUACAGCGUUGUUGAUGUGGCUGGUUUAAACCAAGUCCUUCAAAACGUCCUGAGCAACGCUGGAGCUGCUAUUGCUGGUAUGUCUCGAACAUAUGUAUCAAAGAGUAGGGAUACAACUCAGCUACAGAAGAAGCGUGUUGGCAUCACAAUGUUUGGUGUCACCACCCCAGCUGUGGACGCGAUUCGAAGGCAUUUGGAGGCCAACUACGACAUUGAAACCUAUGUGUUCCAUGCCACUGGGCACGGUGGAAAGGCUAUGGAGCGACUUGUUCGAGAAGGGGGCCUUGACGCAGUACUCGAUCUUACAACAACAGAGAUAUGCGAUCACCUUACCGGUGGUGUCAUGAGCGCAGGAGAACAUCGCUUAGAAGCUGCUGCAGAAGCUGGGAUACCAACCAUUAUAUCUGUGGGUGCUACAGAUAUGACGAAUUUCGGCCCAAAGAGUACCGUCCCAGAGCGCCACAAGGGCCGUAAGCUGUACGAGCAUAAUCCAGUUGUGACGUUGAUGAGGACAUCAGAAGAUGAAGCAAGACGAGUUGGUGAAUUCAUUGCGAGUCAGUUAAAGAAACAUGCAAAGAAUCCACAGGCGGUGCAGAUUUGGCUUCCAAAGGGAGGAAUCAGUAUGAUUGCAACACCUGGAGGGCCAUUUGAAGAUACAAAAGCCGAUGCUGCGCUCUUUGAUGCUAUUGAGAGUGGUCUUCAAGGAAGUGGAGUUGAUAUCAUGGAAGAUGACCGAGCAAUCAACGACGAAGGAUUCGCACAUGAUAUUGCCGAGGCUUUGGUUGCAAAGAUGGGGAUUGUGCAAAAAAUCACCUGACACGACUGUAACAAGGCUGUGUCUAUCCUCCAACUUGCACGGCCAAUGAUAUGCAUAUCAAAGGGAUUUUUCAAGCAGAAAAUAGAAUAUGUGGCGCUGAAGCUCGGAUGGCGAGCCCCUUGUUGCCUAGAACAGGCGCCCCUUUGGAAUUAAGGCAUGCUGCAUCAUUUAACGGCAGAACACCAUUGGUCGUAUCGUCAAGCGCCGCAACUCGGGUCCACGCGAGAAGCACUAGAAUAAUGUCAAACCGCCCUCAGCCAUAAUCGGUAGACUAAACUCAAAGCUUUUUCGUUCCUCGCAGCCUCGUUCCUUGCCUCUCCGUAACCACAGUCAUUCGUUUCGUGUUUUUGCUGUUUUUCACCAUG